AUGCCUACAGCGACAGAAUUCUUCGGCUUCAGCGCCAGCAACUUGGGGCCUCUAACAAAAACAUUCACAGCACCCCCAUCAUGCACAGCAACUGCCAAUACCGACCACAUACUCUUUGUCAAUGCGACGUCUCCUUACCUAAAUUUUGUCAUGUCCUCUUCCUGCGAAGCCAAACCUUUCGGUGAUUGCUAUCCCAGUGGAAGCAAUUAUGACGCGUACGGGAAGCAGACGUCGUCGGUUAUUUCUGGUCAGGGAGUCUAUCACUAUUUCUCCCCAGGACUUGCUUGUCCUGAUGGUUGGAAAACUGUCGCCACGUUGAAGCAUGGGAGCAAGAGUGGUGAAAUCGACGUCUCGGGCGCCAUAACAGUCUCGCCGACGGAGGCAAUUGCUGAGCUUUAUGCCAAUACUAUUGCAGUGCCACUUCAACCUACAGAUUUUUGGAAGAAUGUUAUUGAUAAAUCUGAAACUCUUGCUAUGUGCUGUCCAAACGGCUACGCUGGCGACAUUUACGGCUUCUGUAAAUCCACGCUCGGUCCACUAAAGCCUACCAUGAGCAAUCAACCAAACCCAAAUGUCUGUCAGGUCUUUUAUGAUGGUCGCGACCACGUAGUCACGGUUACGAGUUUGGACGGUGUGGCUGAGACGAACGGCUUGAUGUCGAGGAUACCUAUAACCGACAGUGACGAUGUCAGGACGACGAGAGUGAUUGCUGGCGAGUGGGGGGAGGAGCAAUUGAAAGAUCUUGCAUAUGCGACUUGGGUACCUGCUGUGACUCUGAUUCAUCAAGAAACGGCGACGGGAAGUGCGGAUAAGGGUGAGAAGGGUGAUGAUGAUAAAGAGAAAGAUGAUAAGAAUGCUGCUUCUAGAGUUGGCGGUGUUGUUAGUGUACUUGGAGUGACUCUUGGGCUGCUUCUCGGUGCUGAAGCAGACAUGUUUUCUCAAACACGCGCCACCGGAUGUGGCCUCAAAGCGAUGUUUCUGUGUAAAUACGUUCCUGGACGGGUGCAGCGCCUACGGGUUGGGAACCCGUUCCGAACUAGGCCUUCCAGAGGCUACGACAGUGUGAGAACCAAGGUCGAAGCCGUUUUGAUGAAAGACGGUGGAAUGACGAAUUAUCACGAGGCGGUUGUGUAUCGAGAUGAUGCGAUUGUUCCUGUUGGUGUCAUCACGUAUACCAAGUAA